GAUAUCGCUAUCAACAUCGCUUCAUUCUUCCUGCGUCCCACUCUUGCGGUCUUGUGACUUUUCUUAUUAAGGUGAUUGUGUGAGUUAAUUCACGCGGCAAGUAUGCCGUUGUUCGCCAACCCGUUUCCGCGCCUGCGCAAGAAUCACAGGCAUAAUGUGCAGACGCUGAGGUUACAGCCGCUGGCUGAGUUGUCGGGGUCGCUGGGCGAUCUGGGGACGUUGCUGCCGCUCAUGACGGCGCUGGUUGUUACGGGUUCGAUCUCACUGCCGGCGACGCUGUUGGCUACUGGGGCCGCCAAUGUGCUUACGGGGAUCGCGUUUGGUAUCCCGCUGCCGGUGCAGCCUAUGAAGGCCAUCGCGGCGGUUGCUAUAGCGCGGAAGUUCACGCUCGAGGAAAACGCUGCGGCAGGGCUGGUGGUGGCGGUGCUGGUCGGACUCUUCAGCAUCACAGGCCUCAUCAACUGGGCGAACCGCGUCACCCCAAUCCCGGUUGUAAAAGGCAUCCAGGUCGGCGCCGGCCUCUCCCUCUGCAUCAGCGCUGGCACAUCAAUGCUCAAGCCUCUGGAAUGGACCGGCCCAUGGUGGGGCGACAACCUGCUCUGGGCGCUCGCCGCCGUGAUCCUCCUACUCGCCACCCUCGCGUACCCUAAGCUCCCCUACGCCCUCAUCGUCUUCACCAUCGGCCUGCUCCUCUCAGCAUUCCGGCCGGAAACCGCAUCCCAACCCGACCCAAGCACCUCAAUCCCCAUCCUCCACCCCUCCGCGGCCGACUUCUGGUACGCCACCUCCACCGCAUCCCUCGGCCAACUGCCCCUCACGAUCCUCAACUCCGUCAUCGCCGCCUCAGCUCUGGCCUCCGACAUCCUCCCCUCCCCACCCUACCCGCGCGCUCCCUCCGUCACCGCCCUCGGCCUCUCCGUCAGCGCCAUCAACCUCGUCAGUUGCCCCUUCGGCGCCAUGCCCAUGUGUCACGGCUCCGGUGGACUCGCAGGCCAGCACCGCUUCGGUGCUCGCAGCGGGUCGUCAAUUGUGGUGCUCGGGCUUGCGAAGCUCGGGCUGGGCACGCUGGCGCUGUGGAACCCCGGCCCCGUGGUCGCGCUGCUGGCGGGUAUGCCGCGGGCGCUGCUGGGCGUGUUGGUGCUGGCCGCGGGAGUGGAGUUGGCGCGCGUCGGUGAGAGUGUGAAUACAGAUGCACGCGAUCUGAGGCAGCGCGAGGGCGAGCAGCCGUGGGACGGGAAGAGUGUGAAGGUGCUGGAUGACCGGGCGCGGCGCGAGCGAUAUAUGGUGCUGCUUGUGACUGUGGCGGGGAUUCUGGCGUUUCGAAAUGAUGCCGUGGGGUUCGUGGCGGGGCUGGCGUGGCACUGGGGGUUUCGCGGUGCGCGCAGGGUUGAGGUGUGGCGGGAUGAGAGGGGGAAUCGCCCGUUUUGGAGAGAGGUGGAGCAUAGUGAUUUUGAGCGUGUGAGGCUCAUUGCACAGGAGGAGAGUGAUACCGUCGCCUGAGGGUUGGUGGCGAAGGUUGAAGGCGAAGGUUGAAGGCGAGGGUUGAAGGUGAGGGUUGAAGGAGAGGAUUGGACGGCGGGUAAUUUGAUGGCGGGCAUUCUGAUAGCGUUCUGCGGCAUAGUGACUGGUUUACGUUUCCUACUUUGCAGCAUGUUUAAGCGUUUACAGAUAGAUGAUUGCUACCUAGGCAUUCCUGCUACUAUCUAGAACAUAUCGGACGCAGGAAUUGGUUGAUCAUUAUUUACACAAGAGCAAUGCAGUUAGUUCCAGCAUUUCCCGUACAGUAGCCUAUCAUAAAAAAUAGCUUGCAG